UCAACAUGGCCGAUACGUGUUUGGCACAAACCAACAAAGUUGGUGGAAAACCAAAAAGUCAAAAAGGAAAGAGGUUUCUAGGGUUUGGAUGAAAUAGUACUCCACUGUAAUAGUCGUCCUGGGGAGCUGGAGCCCUGACUCCGGAGGAGGCGGAGGAGGAACCAGAAAAGCUCAAAGCCUUUGUUCAUUUUCUCUCUUCAAGUGUAUCAACAAUAACGAAAGUAGUAAUAAUCAAUCAUGCCGCAGGGAGAUUAUAUAGAGCUUCACAGGAAGAGAAAUGGCUACCGCCAUGACCACUUCCAGCGCAAACGCAAGAAGGAAGCUCGUGAAGUUCACAAGCGCUCCCAAUUUGCCCAAAAGGCGCUGGGUAUUAAGGGUAAGAUGUUUGCUAAGAAGCGAUAUGCCGAGAAAGCCCUCAUGAAGAAAACUUUGGCUAUGCAUGAGGAGUCAUCAGCCCGGCGCCAGGUUGAAGAUGAUGUCCAUGAAGGAGCUGUUCCUGCUUAUCUACUUGAUCGUGAAUCUACUACUAGAGCCAAGGUUCUCAGCAACACUAUAAAGCAGAAGAGGAAAGAAAAAGCUGGAAAAUGGGAUGUACCUCUUCCCAAGGUCCGCCCUGUAGCUGAGGAUGAGAUGUUCAGAGUAAUCAGAUCUGGGAAAAGGAAAACAAAGCAGUGGAAGAGGAUGAUCACUAAAGCGACUUUUGUGGGUCCAAGUUUUACAAGGAAGCCACCCAAAUAUGAGCGGUUCAUCCGACCAACCGGUUUAAGGUUCACCAAGGCUCACGUGACUCAUCCUGAACUUAAAUGUACCUUCAAUCUUGAAAUUAUUGGAGUGAAGAAAAAUCCCAAUGGUCCAAUGUAUACAUCUCUUGGUGUUGUAACCAAGGGAACUAUAAUUGAGGUGAAUGUCAGUGAAUUAGGUCUUGUAACUCCUGCAGGAAAAGUUGUUUGGGGAAAGUAUGCUCAAGUGACAAAUAAUCCUGAGAAUGAUGGUUGUAUAAAUGCUGUCUUGCUUGUGUAGGAAUGGAGAGACAUUUUGUAUGACCGACUCUGGAGUUUUACUGACGCACCGAUGAUGUUUCUACUUAUACCUACCAUCUACCUACUUUUGUUCGUCAUUUUUGUUAGUUGCUUAAUAUGACUACAAAAUUUUACUGUACUAUGAAUUGAACAUAGCAUACGUUACUUUGGCGAAUGGCCGCGAUUCCUCAUUGUUUUGUGUUUAAUACUCAAAAGAAUGAGCGAUUCAUGGGAAGGCAUUUGUGGGCGAUCGGUUUGUUAGGAGGUUACAGGACCAAGUUGACGGAAGUUGCCUGCCAUAUGCCUCGAUGUUGUGCCUCAUUUACUUGCUCUGCUAAAUCUGUCUAUAAUCGCUGCAUUGUCUGGUGAACGAACUGAUAAGGCUAACUUUCCUUGGGGAGUCCCAAUAAUAUCAUGCCUAGUGUUA